AUGUUCAGAAAUAUACCAGUUUCUCAGCUAGAGACGAUGGCGCCCAAAGAAGUGGAUCACUCUCCGUUAGAACGGAUGUUCGACCUCGAGACCACUUUUGAGUCUCAAAACUGCACGGUGCAGCUGUCCGACGGAGAGAGGCAGGCGCUAGCUGGCUGCACCGAGGAGAGUCUAAGGCUUCUCGUGAAGUACAGGCGCUGGAACAGAUGGAGGGAGUGGAGAGCCGCCUUGGAGGGUCUGGAUGAUGCCCAGGCGCCCAAGGCCCGUUCGCCGCGAAAGGGCAGAGUCCCUCGGGUCAUGCAUGAUGUUGAGGAGGUGGAGGCGACCACGCCCGCUACGGAGGACGAGCCUAUGGCUCUUGAACCUGAGGACCCACCGGAGGAUUACACAGAUGACGAGGCGUCUGUUGACGAUGAUGCUGUGUAUGAACUAGAGGGCGAUGCCAUGGAGGAUGAGGAUGACUGGGAGGAGGUCAACAAGGAGGACACUGCUGCAUGA